GAGCACACUGAGCAGGAGUUUAACUGUGUGUAACUGGCACGGGCGCAAACAGGAGCCGCGCACCCACAAUGGCACAGACCCCCUGGGAUAAACUGGUUUUUACCCUGGAGAACCUGCCCCAGGAGAGGUUCAAGAGGUUUAAGGAAAAGCUGAAUAAAUUGGAAGUUGACAGCUACAAACCGAUCCCAUGGAGUCAGUUGCAGGAUAAAGAUGCCGGCGAUGUUGCAAAUCGUAUUAUCAGCAACUACACUGAGUCCGUUGGGAUUAAUGUGGCCUUACGGGUGUUGCAUUCUAUUGGUGAGAAGGAGGCCUGUCAGGACCUUGCUAAAGCUUUGGGAAUUUUCCAGCAUACAGAGCAGCCUAUGGAAACUGAUCAGAGAGACGGGCAGCACUUUGUGGAUCGGCACCGAGCAGCUCUGAUUGCCAGGGUGUCCCUCAUUGAUCCAGUCCUGGAUGAGCUGCUGGGUGAUGGGACCCUGACCCAGGAACAGUACGACACAGUGAGAAGCAAGGGAACCUGCCAGGAGAGGAUGAGGCAACUCUAUGACUGUGUCAGGGCCUGGGGGAAGAUUGAGAAGGACAAGUUCUACCAGUACCUGUUGGAGGAAAAUGGGCCGCUGGUCAGAGACCUAGAAAACAACUAAGAUUCCUUCCCAGAAUGCUCCAGUUUGUAUACGUGGCCAGUUCCAGCUACAGACUGCCAGCCUCCCCCCCAGAAUGCCACCCUCUCAUGCUGCCAGUCGGACUGUUAGCUUCUGUAUCUGAAAACCCAAGUGUCACAAUCCAUAAAGUGGUGCUUUUGGCCCAUACGGGCACAACAUGGGAGACACUGGUGUCAUAUUGUUUACUUAGAUAGGAACAUUGACUACAUUUUGUACCUUAAUGAAAUAAAACUGCUUUUUCGGGUUCACAUUAA